AUGAAGAUCCCAAGUCAGUAUGUACUGAAAAGGUGGACAAGAAAAGCAAAAAUUGGAUAUUUUGGAGUUAAUGAUUCAAUGGCCUGCAAUGCUAGUUUGGAUCCAAAAGUACUUCAAAACAUACGAUCUAAAGAUUUGUGUGGGUUGAAUGUUCAGUUGGUUACCAAGGCAACAGAAAGAGAUGACACUUACAAGGUUGUUAAAGAUGUUAGGUUAAGCUUGUGUAAGAUGGUGGAUGAUAAGUUACAAGUUAAUGAAUCUAAUAUCCAACAAUCAAAAGUGAGCCAAAAAUCUUGGGAAUUUGAUUAUGGUGAAGGGAACUCUACUGGAGUGAAAGGAAUUAAAGCCAAGAAGAAAACAGUUUCAGGUAAAAGGUUGAAAGGUGGGUUAGAGAAGAUUUCAAGGAAAAGAAAAGCAUCGAGUAAAACAAAUCAAGCUUCAACUAUUGUAAUAGUUUAUACUCCAUAA